CUGUGGGUUACAACCAGAAAUACGCCUGGCAAUCUCUCAUGAUUUAUUGUGUUUUUAAGAUAAGAUGUUCACCUUUGCUCAGUCAAGUACUGGAGGGGAAAUGCAAGUCAGAAAAAUGGAUCCGGCAGCACAGAAUGAGGAUGAGAAAGACACCCAUUUGCAGCUGCCCGGUCCAAUUCUGACUUUCGACGACGUCCGAUACGUGGUGAACGUUGCAACGACUUCCUACCUGAGGAGAAAGAAGAAAGAAAUCCUGCACGGAGUCAGUGGAAUCAUAAAACCCGGCUUGAAUGCGAUCCUGGGACCCACAGGAAGCGGAAAGACAUCGCUUCUAGAUGUGUUGGCAAGCCGGAAAGAUCCCAAAGGGUUCAGAUCAGGCAAGGUUCUGCUGAAUGGACAAUUGUUGGCUGCAAAUUUUAAUCUACAGUCUGCCUAUGUCGUGCAGGAUGACAUAUUGAGGGGAACGUUAACUGUCAGGGAAAAUCUGGAGUUUUCUGCUAACCUUCGACUCUCCAGGAAAGACCACACGGCUGAACAGAAGAAACAAAAGGUGGACGAAAUCAUCGAGGAACUAGGAUUGCAAGACUGCAUUGAUAUCAAGAUCGGCACGGACCUCAUGCGAGGCAUUUCUGGCGGAGAGCGAAAACGCUGCAGCAUUGGAAUGGAACUGAUCACCUCACCAUCUCUGAUCUUCUUAGACGAGCCGACGACAGGACUGGAUACACACAUGGCCACUUCUGUCAUACGUACACUUCACAAGUUGUCCAGAAAUGGGAGGAGCAUUGUAUUUUCAAUCCACCAGCCUUGCUAUUCCAUCUGCAAAAUGUUUGAUUAUAUCACAUUAAUGAGCAAAGGAGAAAUUGUAUAUCAAGGCCCAGGUGGAGAAAUCACCAACUACUUUAAAGAUCUUGGUUAUGAAUGUGACCCUUAUAAUGACCAUGCACAAUUCUUCUUGGAUGUCAUUAAUGGAGCCGUGUUAUCCAGUCAUGGAAACUCCAGUCCAGAAGAAGCAAUCACUUCCCACGUCAUUCUGGAUCCCAAUGAGAAUAAGAAUCUCUUGGCUCAUCAGUUCCGACAAUCUGCUUUGUAUCAACAAAUCAACAAGGAAGUGAAGAAUUUAUCUGUACCAGAUAACUCAAGAGAUUCAGUCAGCAUAAAGUAUUCAUAUCCAACUCCUUUUUGGUAUCAGCUGUAUAUUUUGAGUGGCUGCACUUUGAAGAACCUCUGGAGGAACCCGCAGGUCUCAUUGGUUCAAGUGUCUAUAAUGCUAUUCUUUGGCAUAUUAAAUGGACUUAUAUAUUAUAACAUACCAAACACAAUGCCAGAAGCUUUACAGAACAGAAUCGGGGCAUUCUUCUUCAUAAUAAUCAAUCAGAUGUUUGGCAACCUCUCUGCUGUGGAAAUCUUCAUUCAAGAAAAAGUCCUCUUCAUACAUGAAAAUGCAAGUGGCUACUAUCGGACUUCAGCAUACUUUCUGUCCAAGGUUCUAGUCGACCUGAUUCCCAAUCGUAUUAUUCCAAUUCUUAUUUUUUCAUCCAUAACCUACUUUUUGAUGGGCUUGAAACUGGAUAUUGGUUCGUUUUUUCUGUUCUACAUGACCCUCAGUCUCACUAGUUUGUCAGCAGUGAGUAUGGCCUUCCUAGUCAGUGCAAGUGUCAGCACCUUUGCAACAGCCAAUGCUCUGAUCGCCCUCCCAUAUGUCGUCAUGAUGGUGUUUGGAGGCUUUCUGGUGAACUUAAACAAAAUGCUGCAUUGGCUGUCUUGGUUGAAGUGGAUGAGUAUAGUCGCUUAUGGUUUGAAAGCACUGAUAAUCAAUGAACUAAAAGGACAAAUAUUUUACACAAAUUCAACAAUAAUUCCUGGAGAGGUCUACAUGAUUGAGCAAGGUAUUGAUUACAGCGUCUGGGGAUUCUGGCAAAACCAACUUGCCCUUUUCUGUCUAAUGAUAAUAUUCUUACUUCUGUCAUUUAUACAGCUUUUAAGAAUUGACAAGUGGAAAUAAGGAGUUAAUUUUGUUUACUGAGUACUUGGUUGUGUUCCUGGUGUACGUUUAACUCUUUUCUCUGCAAUCGCAAUGAAAUAUAUAAUGAAAUCAUGAAACGCUGGAACUACUUGACAACUCAAGCAGUAUCUGAAGAGAGAGGUGAACAUUUAAGGUCAAUGACCUUUCAUCAGUUCAAUACCGAUGAAAAGGUAUUGGUUCUGAUAAAAGUAAUUGACCUGGGAUAUUAAUUGUGUUCCUCUCAUUACUGAUGCUGCCAGACUUAAUGAGUAUUUUCAACAUUGGAUUUUUAUUUCAGAUUUCUAGCAUUUGUGAUUUAUUUGAGGGAAUUUUGUAAAAUGGAACUAAUUGCUUUAGCAUUUUUUGUUUAGUAUUUGUCCUCCUUUAGCAAUGACACGACAAUGAACUUUCAGUGGGGCAUCUAGUUAAUAAUUAUAAACACAGACAUUGCCAAACUAUUUCUGAUCAUUUGUUGCUGCAAUCAUUUAUGUAACGCAUUGGGACUUUGAUUUUUACCUCAUAACAAAAGUUAAGUGAAUAUAUAAUUUGCCUGUAUAACUAUGACCACGUGACAUAAACUGUAACAAUAUGUAUUCUUCCAGGAUUGCAUUUUCUCUUCAAUUUGCUCUGGAUUCAUGUCCUUGUCAAUAUUUUUCUUUCCCCAAUGCCCUGUCAUGUAAGUUGAUCAAUGUUCCUGAACAAAUUAAUAAACUUUUCCAUGUCUUGGGA